ACACCCGUCUGUAGACCUUCCACAUCUGGGGGACGGUAAUGACAGUGUAGAGGUUGUAGCUCCUGAUGUUGGUGUUGAGGUUGAAUACCACCUGCCUGAAGAAUCCAGCAGAAGAUUACAAGAGGAGGAUGAACGGGAAAAUGAAUUCAGAUGGUGGGAUGAAUUUGAUGACACUGACCCUGACAGUGACGACUCUGACGGUUAUGACAGCGACGCCAGUGACCGUAAUAUUGACAUUUGUGAAUAUGGUCCACUCAGUGAUGCAGCUGUUGAUUCUGUGCUUCCCAAAGAGGAGGAGCCCCUGCCCAGUCCAUCUAGAAAAAGGCCAAGAGAGGCUGACACAGCAGAAGAACAGAGACCCUACAAAAAGUCAAGACGGUGUCGUGGGUUCGAUGACAGCAGCAUCAAUACCGACAAUGGUGGAAAUGGUCCACUCAGUGAUGCAGCUGUUGAUGCUGUGUUUCCUGAAGAGGAGGAGCCCCCACCUGAUCCAUCUAGAAAAAGGCCAAGAGAGGCUGACACAGCAGAAGAACAGAGACCCUACAAAAAGUCAAGACGGUGUCGUGGGUUCGAUUACAGCAGCAUCAAUACCGACAAUGGUGGAAAUGGUCCACUCAGUGAUGCAGCUGUUGAUGCUGUGUUUCCUGAUCCAUCUAGAAAAAGGCCAAGAGAGGACGAUACAGCAAUAGAUGAGACACGCUACAAAAAGUCACGAAGGUGUUGGGAGUUUGAUGAACUUAGCAUCAAUACUGACCAUGGUGGAACUGGUCCACUUAGGAACGCAGCUGUUGAUGCUGCGUUUCCCAAAGUGCAACCCUCGCCUGGUCCAUCUAGGAAAAGGUCACGAUACAGCAAUAGAUGAGACACGCUACCAAAGGCCGAAAUGGUGUCGGGAGUUUGAUGACAUCAGCACCAACGACAACUACUGGGGCAACUACGAACACGUUUUUUGGUCGCUUCAGACACUUCCUGGAUGUGAUAGACCCCAGCACCCUGUUUGUGACCGAGAGACGACUACAGGAGUGUGUGGCGCUGCUUGAUCGUUUCAAACAAGGAACUCUGCCUCCCGGAGUGACUGACGCUCAGCUUUGGAAAGCCCAGAAAGUAAAGCAGGCCAUCAUCCACCCUGACACCGGGGAGAAGAUCCUCAUGCCCUUUCGGAUGUCUGGUUACAUUCCAUUCGGCACCCCAGUGGUUGUUGGCCUCCUUCUCCCAAAUCAAACAUUGGCAUCAACUAUCUUCUGGCAGUCGUUAAACCAGAGUCACAACGCCUGCGUGAACUUCUGCAACCGCAACGCCUCCAAGCCGGCUCCAGCGUCCAAGUUCGUGCAGGGAUACCUGGGAGCCGUGACGAGCGCCGUCUCCAUCGCUGUUGGGUUGAACGUGUUACUCCAGAAAGCAAAUGGCUUCAGCCCAACAACCAGGCUUUUGGUGCAGAGGCUCAUCCCCUUCCCAGCAGUGGCGAGUGCAAACGUCUGUAACGUGGUGCUCAUGAGGCACUCGGAGCUGUCGGAGGGCAUCAGCGUGCUCGACGACGAGGGGAACGUGGUGGGAACAUCCCGAGUAGCUGCCAAGCAUGCCCUUAUGGAGACGGCCCUGACCCGAGUGGUGCUGCCCAUGCCCAUCCUGCUGCUCCCUCCACUGAUCAUGUCAAUGCUGGAAAAGCUUCCUCUCCUGCAGAGGCAGCGGAGGCUCGUCCUGCCCGUCCACAGUCUGGUGUGUCUCGCCGCCUUUGGCCUGGCUCUGCCGCUCGCCAUCAGCCUCUUCCCGCAGAUGUCCCAGAUCAGCGUGACUCGGUUAGAGCCGGAGAUCGCCAUGGCAACAGAUGGUCCGAUGGUGACAUACAAUAAAGGCCUGUGAGUGAUCUCUGCGGCCCGACACAUCACGACAACCCGCCGCUGCUCAGCAUUGUUCAAGCUGCCGGUGAACGGAGGACGGUAA